GCUGGCCUCAGCCGUGUCUGGACGACGGCGCUAGGGUCCCGGCUGAGCCAUGGCGGCCGUGUCGAGUCAGCGCCAGGACGGGCUGCGAUACGGAGGAGUGCUGGUGUAAGUUGUAGUCCUGCACGACCAGUCUCUUCUAGGCUCCUAUUUCCAAGCACACCUUGUUUGAUUUCUUUUCAGAAAAUUUGAUUUGGAGAUUUUAGAACUGCAAAAGCCUAGAUGAAAAUUAGUGAUGUAUGUGACUAAUUGGCCACCCAUCAGGUCAAUCCAUCGAAAUAUAUCUUCCACAAGAUUUUGUGUGGAUGAUGAUCGAGUGCUCGAGUCUUGGUCCAAGUAAACUGACCGUGUGUGACAAGUUGUACUCCUAGACUUCAAUUCCUUGCACGUCCUUGUCUAUGACUAUACGUCCAUAUACUCUAUAAUUAGUACGAUGCUAGCGAAAGUUAAAAUAAGCUUGCAUAAACAACUAAAGAUAGAACCACUCACCAUUUUCCCGUGAAAGUCUAGCAAAUAUAGCCCAAAGUUAGUGUAUAUGCCCACAGGCAGGAGAAGGAAAAGCAUGGGUAGCUUCGUUCCAUGGGGGUCAUUGUCUUUGGGCCUAUUUCUCUUGUUACAGUCCAUGCUUCACUUAUCCUCUGGCUGCUCCGUGGAGGAGAGGACUGCCCUACUGGAAAUCCGGUCUUCUCUGAUGAGGGCGCGCUCCCUGGGUUGGUUGGACUUGCCAAGCUCCGAUAUCUCGACAUCAGUGGCAAUAUGUGGGGAGUGGGUUUUCCAGAAUUUAUCGGAGAAAUUGUUUCACUGGAAGUCUUGGCGCUCAACUAUAACAACAUGACCGGAGGUCUUCCGGGCUCAGCUGUAAAGAAUCUUAGAAACUUGCGACAAUUAAAUAUGUCUUGGAAUAGGUUUGACGGAAACCUCCCGGAAUCACUAUUUUCACUUCCUCACCUAAAGAUCCUAGAUCUCGCCAGAAAUAACUUCGGUGGGCAUAUUCCAGUUAGUUCAUCGUCUGGACCAAUUUCACUUGAAGUCUUAGAUCUCAGCAUUAAUUUCUUCAACGGAACUCUCCCGGUUAGAGCUUUUAAUAAUAUCAGGAGCUUGAAUUUGGCUAUCAACCAGUUCAGUGGAUCUCUUUCUGUGUCAUUGUUUGCACUUCCUCAUCUGAAGUUCCUAGAUCUCUCGCAUAAUAAUUUUGAGGGACGUUUUCCCAUUAAUAUGUCUUCCAAACAAAUGCCACUUGAAGUUUUAAAUCUCAUGGGUAAUAAUAUGAGCGGAGCUCUUCCGACUGAACAAGCAUUUGGAAAUCUCCUGAACCUACGAGAGUUGUAUUUGAGUUCCAACAAAUUCAGCGGAAACAUUCCAACAUUCUUAUUUUCGCUUCCACAUAUUGAACUGCUGAAUCUCUCAGCAAACUUCCUCGGUGGAAAAAUUAUGAUAAACCCAUCUUCGAAUGUUUCUUUGUCGCUUAAGAGUCUCCAGCUUUCCCAAAACAAGUUGAGUGGUAGUUUUUCUUUCAUUUGGCUCAGAAAUCUCACAAAACUAGAGAUAGACCUUUCAGACAAUUCUAACCUAGUUGUUGAUGUCAAUAUUCCUGGAUGGACACCUCUGUUCCAAUUGAAAGAGCUAUUGCUCUCGAGUUGUGACCUUGACAAGAACAUUAUUUCCGAACCACAUUUUUUACGCACACAACAUCAUUUAGAGGUGCUUGAUCUGUCCAACAAUAAAUUGUCAGGUAGCAUGCCGAAUUGGUUGUUUACUAAGGAAGCAAGACUACGAGUUCUAAACCUUGGAAAUAACUCACUAACUGGAUCGCUGGACCCAAUAUGGCAUACCCAAUCUUCACUUCAGUUUAUCAACAUACACAUGAACCAUGUCGCAGGACAGCUGCCAGCCAACAUCAGCUCAAUGUUUCCAAGUUUGGUUGUCCUAGAUUUUUCUGAUAACAGCUUGUUUGGGCAAAUACCAACUUCCCUGUGCGAGAUAAGCUUCAUGAGUUUUGUGGACCUAUCAAACAAUAAACUUUUUGGGGAAGUUCCACCUUGUGUUUUCACUAAUUAUCCCAUGCUGUCUACCUUGAGAGUAUCAAACAACAAGCUUGGUGGUGUGGUUUUUGGAGGGAUGAGUAAUAUCUCCAUUGAAUCGGAGUUGCUCCUAGAUGGUAAUGAAUUUGUUGGUACAGUGCCUCAUUAUUUAUCAGGAGAGAAUUUAAAGGUCAUUGACUUGCAUGAUAACAAGCUAACUGGCAAACUUAAUACGUCAUUGUGGAGCAUGUCUUCUUUGCUGGUACUAAACCUUGCUGGCAACAGCAUAACUGGCAAAAUUAGUCCAGAAAUCUGCGGCUUGACGAGUCUUCGACUUUUAGAUAUAUCGAGCAACAACUUUACAGGAUCUGUGCCAAACUGUAGUUUCAUGUCGCUCAAUUUUGUUAAUAUGUCUGGGAAUUCCUUAUCUGGUGAUAUAUCUUUACUCAUUCCCAAUGCGUCCAGUCUGAUUACUUUGGAUAUUACUCAGAAUCAGUUCACGGGCAACCUUCAUUGGGUACAUUAUCUUGACAAUAUUAGACUACUUUUAUUGGGAGGAAAUAAAUUUGAAGGACAGAUCACUCCAAAGCUGUGCAAGCUCCUAUACUUGAGGAUAAUUGACUUGUCUCAUAACAGGCUUUCAGGUUCGUUGCCAGAAUGUAUUGCUAAUAUAUCGUUCAUAGGUGCCACAGAUGAUCAAAUUUUUAAGCUAGCCCAUGAGGCAAGCUUGGAGUCCUACUCCUACUCCUACAGUACAUCGUAUGCCUUAAGGGGCUUCAGUUUUGCUACCAAAGGGAAUAUCUACACAUAUGGCCGCAGUUUCUUCGUUUCGAUGUCUGGUAUCGACCUAUCUGCAAACAUGCUGAAUGGAGAAAUUCCCUGGGAGCUAGGAAAUCUGAGCCACAUCAAAUCCCUCAAUCUGUCCUACAAUUUCUUUGUUGGCCCAAUCUCGACGACCUUUGGCGGCAUGCAGGAGAUAGAAAGCUUGGACCUCUCUCAUAAUGUGUUGAGUGGACCGAUACCUUGGCAGUUAACCCAGCUAUCAUCAUUGGGCGUGUUCUCUGUGGCAUACAACAACUUGUUAGGAUGCAUACCGAACUCUGGCCAGCUCGGCUCAUUUGCCAUGGAGAGCUACCAAUACAACACCAACCUUCAGAACAUCACACAGGGCAAAAUGUGCGCUCUCGAUAGAGAUCCAGUGCCUUAGGAAGAUGCGACAAAGACGUAUGGUGACCAAGUUCUAUACGCGAUCACGGCUGCCGCGUUUGUGUUGGCAUUUUGGGCCACCGUUGGGUUCUCAUUUUGCCACCCGUACGGAAGGACUGGUAGUGCUCAAGCUGUACUCUGUCGAAAGGAAAACAAAUAUUUGUGAUCCACAAAAUUUUAAGAGCUAUUGAAAUUUCAUUCUGGAUGUGUAAUGUAAACUAUGGACAUUUCCUUGGUUAUAUUUCUACACAUAAUGUCCAAGUUCUGUAUUUUCAGAGUAUUUCCGUAGUACCAGAUUAUAUUUUUUUCUUAUGAAGAAUGUAUCAGAGUGUACUUGAUUAAACGAAGUCAGAACUACCUGGCGCAGGCCCUCUUUUUAAAUCC